AUGGGCACGGGAGCUGCAGCGCUGGUUGCCGCCGCCCUCGCCGUGGUGGUGGUCACGAGGCUGUGGACGGUGCUGGUCCACCUGGUGUGGCGCCCGUACGCCGUCGCGAGGGCGUUCGGGCGGCAGGGCGUCCGCGGGCCGCCGUACCGUGUCUUCGUGGGCAACAGCAAGGAGAUUCAGGCGAUGCGGGCGGCGACGAGCGGCGACACGCUGGACCUCACCUCCCACGACUACAUCCCGCGCGUGAUGCCGCAGUACCGCGCGUGGAUGUCGCUCUACGGCAAGGUGUUCCUGACGUGGUCCAGCUCGACUCCGGCGCUGUUCGUGGGCAGCUACGACAUGGUGAAGCGGGUCCUCUUCGACAAGUCAGGGCUGUACGGCAAGACGGACCCGGGCCCCACCAUACUGUCCCUGAUGGGCAUGGGCCUCGUCUUCACCGACGGCGACGACUGGUCACGCCAUCGCCGCGUCGUGCACCCGGCGUUCGCCAUGGACAAGCUCAAGUCGAUGACGGGGGCGAUGGCGGAGGUGAUCCGGGGUGAGGAAGCGCGCGCCGCGGCGUCGGCGAGCGGGGAGGGGGUAGUGACGGUGGAGGUGGGGCAGCAGUUCACGGAGCUGACCGCCGACGUGAUCUCGCACACGGCGUUCGGCAGCAGCUACCGGCAGGGGAAGGAGGUGUUCCUGGCGCAGCGGGAGCUCCAGUUCAUCGCCUUCGCGUCCAUCGACAACGUGUGCGUUCCGGGCAUGCAUUACGUGCCCACCAAGGCAAACGUGCGCCGGUGGCAGCUCGAGCGCACGGUGCGGGGCACGCUCAUGGCCAUCAUCGGCGAGCGCCUCGACGCUGCAAAGGAGGCGAGGGGUUACGGCAGCGACCUGCUCGGCCUCAUGUUGGAGGCCAACGCCGCCGGCGACGACGGCAAGAGGCAGCAGCAGGCCAUGAGCAUGGAUGAGAUCAUCGACGAGUGCAAGACCUUCUUCUUCGCCGGCCACGACACGACCUCGCACCUCCUCACCUGGGCCAUGUUCCUCCUCGGCACGCACCCCGAGUGGCAGCAGCGGCUUAGGGAGGAGGUGAUCCGGGAGUGCGUCGGCGCCGAGGUGCCCCUCCGUGGCGACGCCCUCAACAAGCUCAAGCUCGUGACCAUGGUGCUGUACGAGACGCUCCGGCUAUACGGCUCGGUGCCGAUGAUCGCGAGGCAGCCGACAGCGGACGCGGACCUCUGCGGCGUGAAGCGGUCGUGCAUCGGGCAGGACUUCGCGAUGCUGGAGGCCAAGGCCACGCUGGCGCUCAUCCUGCGGCGGUUCGCCUUCGAGGUGGCGCCGGAGUACGUGCACGCGCCGGCCGACUUCCUGACUCUGCAGCCGUCGAAAGGGCUCCCCGUCGUGCUCAGGCUCUUGGAUCCGCACACUUUGGCCAGUUGA